UUGCUUUGACAGCAAGAGUUAUUGACAACGGGUCGUAAAUUUAUUCGUUUCAUGAAUCAAAAUUUUAGAUAUAUAUUUUCUAGUUAAUUGUAUUAUAAUUAAAAUUAAUCAAAAUGAAUGGUGUAAGUGUAGUGGACAAAUCAAAAGAUUGGCAAAUGGAAUUGAUGAUGGAAAAAUUACGAUCAAAAGCUGGUCAAUUUAAAACGUUCCAAGAGACUUCGAAGAAUGUUCGAAUGACUAUGCUGGAUAAGAGAUAUGCUUUAGACAGUGUUGACAAAGCUCAACAUCAAAAAUGUUUGGAUACAUUACAACAUUGUAUUAAAGUAACAUCGUUUCAGAGUAUGGUUGAAAGAUUAGAAAGCUUAACGCGACAAUUAGGAUUGAAAUUUACGGUAGGACCUUCAGGAGCAGAACUAUUUAUAUCAUCAGAUAUGUUUUAUCUUGAAGUAAUACUAGAACCAAAUGAAAGAGGAGGCGGUGUUCGAGAUGUAAAAAUACAUCAUGAAGGCAAAAAUGAACAACAGAGUUGUGCUGAAUUAGUUCAUUGUUUAUCACGUCAAGAUUUUGCUGAUUUCACAUUACAAUUGGAGGGCUUAGCUUCAAUAUAUCAAUUAAAUGCUGAGAAGAAAGUGAAGAGUAAAGCGUUCAGUGCACUUCAAGCAUUAGAAACUGAUUUAAAUACUUUAGGCCAAUUACAAACAUACAUGAAGGAGCAACCAUUUAAUCUUCUUCAUAAAUCUCCAGUGGGUAUUUUAGAGAAGCGUCGUGGAGGUCACGCAAUGAAAUUAACAUACUUAGUAUCUCCAUACGAGUUAAUUGAUACAGCUCGUGGACGAGCUGAUCCAUUAACUGUGGAACGUGUUAUUUCUCGUAAACUAGGAUACAGUGCUACAGUAUGUAUAGAGGGUUCAACAGCUCACAAAUUACCAAUUACACCUAUUAUUUCUGUAAAUCGUAAUAUAAACACUAAUAAUAAUACACCAUCGUAUGCUCCAUUGACUCCACAAAACAGUGCAGUAAUACCUGCAUAUUUUACGUUACGUUUAUCAAAACAAAUGUGCGUUUGUACAGUAUUAGCGAAACGUAUUCAAGCGUUAACACAAUUGGAAUGUGGUGAUUUGAGUACGACACAUCCAUUGCUCAGUCUUAUCACUCAACUAGCAUCUGAUGGACAAUUAGAUUGUGCUAAUAAUCGUGGAAUGUUUGUGACAUUACCCGAUCAACAACACUGCUAUUUCUUAACAGAAGGGCGAAAUUUGCAAGGAGUUGUAAUUAAUAGCAUUCCAUUUACACAUCCCGCUCAUGUUCCUCAAAUAUUAUCUCUUCUGCGACAACAAGCCUUAUUUAAUACGGUGCUAUCAAGUUGUAUUCGACCGAAUAGUAAGCAAGAUUUAGAAAAUAUGAUAAUGUUCGAAGUCAAUGCAUUAUCAUGGCAAAAUUUAUCAAUAUCGUUGGAGCAUCCAAUUGAAGAAAGUAUGGCGACCGCUGAUAUUGACUUAACCGAUAUAUCAAACGUAACAUGUAAAAUAUACGGUCCAAACAACACAAACGGCGAACCAUGUGAAAUUUUAUCCGAAAUAGCUACGAAAGUAUUACAACGAUGUCUCUCUAUACCGGUAACAAUGCGGGCUGUAAUCAAAGCAUGGGAGGAAAUGCAUGAAUCAAAAAAAUACAUCAAUGGGAAUGAAAAUUUUAGUUUACCCCUGGGAUCAGACGAUCCCGGGGGGCAUAACGGAUCAAAUGAUAGUCCAUUACCGGACUAUAGUAACUUAGAUGCUAAAAUGAAAUCGGAUCAUAAUAUGAGCAGUGGCAAUAGUAACAUGUCUUCGAAUAAUUCACAUCAAAGUACAUUUAUGAGUGACACUUUGGUGGGGUUUCCAACUUUUUCCCCUAAUCAAGCUUUAAGUGCCAUUGAAUCAAAUUUAAGUUCAUCAAUACCAUCAACCAGUGAAAAACAUUAUAAGAAGCAUAAAAGAAAAAGUAAAGAGGAUAAUUGGAAAAGUUCAAAACGAAAACAAAACGAUGAUUCAGAUAUAUUUGCUGAGACUUCAAGCAGUGAUUCUAUAUCGACACCACUGUCACAUGACGCGACAUCAGAUUUAGUUGUUUCUACACCCACAUCUACGUUGGGGUUUCAAUCAGAUUUUGAUUUAUCCGGAUUAGACGCUACAGAAUUAAUAACAGGUGAUAAAAACUGUUUAGAUUUUGAUUGUUCAACUGAUAACAAUGAUUUAGAAGAUAUUCUAUCAUCAAAUUCACGUUCAGAGAUGAAACCACGAUCGAAUAAAAGUAAAACAGAAACAAGUGAUGAUUUAGAUAAACAAGUAACUCCCUCUGUAAGUAUAACACCAAUUACCACAACGACCUCGUCUAGUACAAAAUUAAAUUUUAUGUUAAACGAAAUUGAGCGAAGACCCGGUAUAGAAAUUAUACCAAUUACAUCAACCAGUAGUACAACAUUACCCAGUUCAAUAACAAUUACCCCAAUUACAUCAACAACUACGAAAAGUUCGGAAUCAAAUCGUAGUGAUCGAAAAGUAAGCAAAAGUAGUAAAUCAGAUGAGAAAAGUAAAUUAGAGAAGAAACGAAAACGAAAGCGAGAAGAGGAUGGAAUGAAUCCACCAGAUAAAAUAACAAUCAAACAAGAUCCAUUAACGAAACCUGUAUCUGUAAGUAUCAAACCAACUGAUAUAUUAUCAUUACCGUCAUCUCCUUCAACGAAACAUAGCAGUUCAUCGUCAACAUCUUCAUCACCAACACAUAACAAUCGCACCUUAUCGAAACAAGGUAGUCCUUCGGCAAAACAUUCUACGAGUAAAUUAAGUAAUAACAUGCAUCAUCAUUCGGGGAAAAACUUAAGUAAAAGUUCAUCCCCCGGUGGAGUUGUUAGUCCAAAACAUCAUAGUGCAUCCCCAAAGCAUUCAUCUAGUGGAACGGGUAAACCAAGUAUGUCGACACUUAAAUCCGCCACAAAUGUUCCUGUUAGUAAAUCAUCAAACGAAUCAUCAUCUUCCAGUCGAGUAAAAUCCAGUAAAGAUGUUAUUCGAGAUAAAGAUAAAAAAUCGAGUUCUUUAAACAGUAUGAGUAAUUCACCAAACAAUUCGGUAUCGUACAGUGGUAGCAACAAACUUAAAUCGUCUAGUGUUAAAUUAAAACAAUUAAAUCUACCUCUAAAUCAAGAUUCACAAAUUAAUGUUGAUACUUUAUCAUCAUCUCCAACUGGUCUAGAUAUCAAUAAAAUAGCAUUACAAAAUCAAGCUCGGAAUCGUAAAGGAAUGGGAUUAUCAGCGAUUGUUGAUAAUUUACAGAAAAAGGCAGCUCAACAUUGUCCAGAAGGUGAAUCACCACCUUCUGGUGGUGGUAGUAAUACAACGAGUAGUAAAAAUAGCACAAGUAGUAAUCGUACUAAUCUACAAUCGUCCAAAUUAGAUAUAAAUAAAAGUAUAAGUAAAUCAUCGAGCGAGAAUAAAAAUUCGGAAUAUAUGGUAAAACCAAGUUCAGAUGGUAUGAAAAUUACAAUAAAUAAAACACGUUCAAAAGAGACAAAAUCAAUAUCACAAAACUCUAUGUCGAAUAGUGUUGUAAAUUGUAAUAAUUUGAAAAUAGCAACCGGAAGUAGUUCCCCUAAAACACAUACGGGAUUAAAACCAGGUGUGAAUAGUGGUCCAGCAUCCAAGAAACCACAAGUACAAGGUAGUCAAAAACAACCAACAAAUAUUUCAUCAAGUAAUUCACCAAAUGUAUUAAAAAAUAUGUCGUCAUCGAGUAGCAGUUCAAGCUCAAAAUCUUCAUCAUUGAGUAAAAGUAGUUCAAGUUCGAUGAUAUCAUCAAAAUCUAGCUCAAAAUUAAGUAACUCAAUGGAUCGUAAUAAAUUACGUACAAGUUUUGGUGGUAAAAUUGAUAAAUCAUUAGGAUUAUCUCGUUCAUCAGAUUUACGUAGAUCCAGUCCAACGAUAUUAUCGUCUCGAGAUCGUGAUGAAACUGAUGGUAACGAACGUAAAUUAUUAAAAAACGAUCAAUCAUAUCCAUCACCGCUUUUUGAAGGCUUAAUUAAACAACAAUUAGAUACAAAAUUUCAAAUUCCGAAAUUAUCGAAAACUGCAGCAGCUAAUGAUAACGAUAAAAAACCGAAAUUAAUCAAUAAUCAAAUUAAUGAUUUAUUAAAUAAUCGAUCAGAUGCAUCACCACGUAAUGAAACUCAAAACUUAUCAAUUUUUACAAAUAACAUCGAUGAUAAAUCAAAAUCGGACAAUAAUAUGCGAAUACCCUCGUCAUAUGCGGAUACUCAACUAUCAAAUAUUACGAAGAGUUCACCGAUUCAUAUUAACGAUGAAUCAUCUACUUCUCAUAAAAAGGACAUUCAUGUAAAUAACAUCGAUGGUGGUGGUAUCGAUGAUUCUACACCCUCAUGUAAAAUGAAAAACUUUCAAAAUAAAGAAAUAAAUUUGUCAAUGAAUUCACAUGACAGUGUUCACGGUGGUAGUGGGAGUUCUAGUAAAUCAUCGUCAUCGUCAUCACAUCACACUGAAUUAGCAAUGAAAGUAGUUACAACAACCUCACAACAGGUGGCUGAAAUGUUAUUAGAUUUCACACCACCAAGUACAAAUGAACAUCUAAGUAAAUUAAAGAAUGAUGCAAGUAGUUUACAAAAUAUGUUACCAAGUGUUGUGCAUAGAUCAUCAUCGUUACCAUCAUCUCCAUCGGUAUCAGUGCAUAUAAUGAAAUCACCAGCACCAUCACCAUUAAUUAUACCAUCACCUCAUUCAGGUUCACCAUGUAUUACUGAUGAUGAUCUAAUGGAUGAAGCAUUGGUUGGUAUAGGUAAAUAAUAAUUAAUUAUUAAAAAUAAAUA